UGAUCUAAAAAUAGACACACCAAACCAAGGACCAGUCCAUCCGGCCAGUACGCUUAAUUAUUUGGAUUUUGUUACGCAAAUAAAAUUGAGCAAUUAUGGCCUGAACGUUUCUCAAAUAAGAUCACUGUUCUUUGAUGUUAAAGCAUGCCGUGAUACAAUGGUUGUUCUAGCAAGCACUUCAAGUAUGAUUUCCUCUGAACCAUUUUACCAGAUUCUUCUUGCUGGUGAUUCCAAUCAUGAUGGUAAUUGGAAAAUGGCCGUGAGUCGUCGAAAAGAUAAGGCCUUACAACAGAAUGGAUAUGAGUCUGUUUUCAAAACUAUAAAUGAAGAAAGAUACCGUCUUAAUUGUAAUGAGUAUCGUACAUUUUGGGUCAGCUGGAAGGAAGGGAAAAUAAAGUUAGGAAGAGUAACAGUAAAUGGCAUCGAUGAAAUAUACUGUUAUAAAGACAAUGACCCCUUUUUAAUAAGAGAGAUAGGUGUAAUGAACGCUUGGGGUUCAACUGGAAAAUGGAAAAUACCGAUUACAAUAGUUGAUCGGUUUACUGGGCAGUAUAAUAAAUGCCAGCGUAAUGAUACUAAAGCGAAUUUAGAGAUUGUAGUUUCAGUCCAGGCAAGAAGCGUUAUAAGGUGCUCUGCAAAAUGUGAUCUGAUACAAACGUGUAUUGGAAUUAACUAUCAAGCGCAAGGCAAACGAUGUGAGUUACUGAGUGCUGGUGGAAAGGUUCUGACAGAGAUUCCAAAAUCAAUUGCACCCGGUUGGCAGUUUUACACGAAGUGUUUUGAGAAAACAGAAGUGUGCUUAGGCUGCUUAAUAUAAAUCAUAAUUUAUUUAAUACAACUAUUUCUUCAAUUUUAGACUCAUAAUUUGAAUUUGUC